CUGCAUUUGCCAUCCAGACGUGGUGGUAGCAAGACGUCUAUAUAGUAUUCUUAGCAUAAGUAUCUGGAGACUGAUAAAGUAAAGUGAUAUACACCCCGUCAAGAUGGGGACAUCUAGUAUAAGUUUAAGCAUUUUUAGUGUUAUUUUAUUACUUUCUGUUUUGUGGACCCCUGCUCUCUCCAAUGAUAAGUGCGAUCUGGCUUGCAAGAGGUCAUCAUCAGCACCGACCUUCCUCAACGGACACACGUACAACUAUGCUGUGGAGGGUGAAGUGAGAGUUUAUCUUACCGGCGCUGACAAACAGGAGACCACGGUGAAGAUCUUCGGUCAAGUCGCUGUAACCGCCUAUGGCAACUGUGAGCUAUCGCUUAAGAUCAACUCCCUGGCGAUCUCUGGACCUGAUGGCAAGAAAUACGCAGCUCCAAAAGGCAUCGACAAGGUAGUGAGGUUCAACUUGGAAGAUGGUCGCGUGGGACCUGAGAUCUGCGCUGAAGAAGGAGACAGUAGGGCAUCCCUCAACAUCAAGAGGGCUAUUAUCUCACUUCUGCAGACAGAACAGAAACCUUCUACACAGACUGAUGUCUUCGGCACAUGUCCGACGGAAGUGUCCUCGUCGCAAGAGGGUGCCGCAGUCCUGAUCCACAAGACUCGCGACUUAAGCAGAUGUGCCCACCGGGAACAAACCAGGAAUGAACUUAUCACUGCUGUUUACAAUCCUACAGCUGAAAUCAAGAACACUCAACUACUGCAGUCAAUCCUAAACGUAGAAACCAAGGUGAACAAUGGCGUACCAGAGAAAAUCGCAGCAGUCGAACAAUAUUUGUACAAACCUUUCUCUGUUGGUGAAAACGGUGCGAGGGCUGAAGUGAAUACAAAACUGUCUCUCAGUGGUACUACUAAAGGAAAUGGAGCAGGAGGACACUGCACACUGCCCCGAACCAUUAUCUUCGACAAUCCUCACGAUGGAUCAGCGGGUCACAGCAGCUCCGAUAACGUGAUGAACGCCCUCAAAGAAACAUGCAAGACGCUCGGUAAUGAAGCCAGUUCCAAAUCUGCAGGCAACUUCGCCCAACUUGUCAGGAUUUUCCGGACAGCUAACAAGGAUGACUUGAUGAAAGUUUUCGGACAAAUUAAAGGGAACAGCUUGGACAAGCGUGUCUUUUUGGACGCCCUGCUUCGUGCGGGCACAGGAUACAGCAUUGAGACAUCCAUCCAAAUUCUCAAAAGUAAGGAGUUGAAUGAUAUUGAAGAGAAGGUGGUCUUCCUUUCAUUAGGAAACGCAAGGCAUGUCACCAGUGAUGCAAUCAAGGCAGCUACCAGUCUACUAGAUCUACCCAAAUUGCCAAAAGGAGUGUACUUGGGUGUUGGAGCGCUCGCGGGAACUUACUGCCGUGACCACAACUGUCACUCAGAAAAAUCUGACGGAAUCGUUGCACUUAGCAAGAAGUUAGCUGGCAAAUUACAAAACUGCAAACCCAAGACAAAACUUGAGGAAGAUAAUGUUGUGGCAGUGCUGAAAGGUAUCAGAAACAUUGGCCAUUUGGAGGACAGUUUGAUUGACAAGCUGGUACACUGUGCGGUUGACAACAGCGUCAAAGCUAGAGUCCGAGUUGCUGCCCUGGAAGCUUUCCAGGCUGACUCUUGUGCCACUAAGGUGAAGAAGACCGCUUUAGACAUCAUGAAGAACCGUCAACUAGACUCUGAGAUCCGCAUCAAGGCCUACCUCGCUGUCAUUGACUGCCCUUGCGGAAAAUCCGCCAACGAAAUCAAAACUCUGCUGGAUUCUGAGCCUGUUCACCAAGUCGCCAGAUUUAUCUCUACGUCUCUGCGCGCCAUCCGUGCUUCUGCCAACCCUGACAAACAACUCGCAAGACAGCACUACGGACUCAUCGGUAUCCCCAACAAAUAUAAUGUUGAUGACAGGAAAUACUCCUUCUACCGUGAAAUGAGCUACAACGUGGAUAUUCUUGGAGUUGGGGGGAACGUGGAACAAUCCGUCAUCUACUCGCAAGAUUCCUUCUUGCCCAGAUCUGUCAAUCUAAACCUCACUGCUGAAGUGUUUGGACACAAUGUUAACAUUCUUGAAGUUGGAGGUCGCCAAGGCAACUUGGAUCGCGUGGUAGAACAUUUCCUUGGUCCACGAGGGCUUUUCCGCACUAAGGAACCACAAGAUCUUUUCGACGAAUUAAAGUCGAAAUUGGGAGAAUCUGCCCGUAAAGCGGAGAAAAGCGUUAGGGGAAGGCGUUCUAUCAAGAGCGAGGUUGACAACUUCGAUAGACAGGUCAAGGAAGAAUCAGCUGCGUACAACAACGAGUUGGAUCUGGACAUGUACAUCAAGCUCUUCGGAACCGAUGCCGUGUUCUUAUCACUCGGGGACGGCAAAGGCUUCGACGCUAACGGCUUCCUCGACGAAUCUUUAAAGAUGAUGAACGAGGGUAUGAACAAAAUGAAGCACUUCCAGCAAGAGCUACGCGGACACAUUCUCUUCCUCGACGCAGAGUUGGCAUACCCAACUUCCACUGGUCUUCCACUUAAACUGGACGCUGUCGGUGCAGCCACUGGACGCGUUGAUGUCUCCUCCUCCGUAGACAUCCGCCAAUGCCUUCGCAACCCUGAAUCUGCCAAAGUUGACAUCAAGUUAAUCCCAAGCACUGAUGUUGAAAUUUCUCUGGUCAUGCUCGUUGAUGCCGGAUCAGUUGCAACUGGUAUCAAAGUCAUCACCAACCUCCAUUCAUCUACUGGUGGUCACGUCAUUGCUAAAGUCAUAGAAAAUGGCCGCGGAAUCGAUCUUCAAUGGGGACUGCCUCUUGAUAAACAAGAGAUCCUUACAGCAUCUAGUGAUAUGGUAUUCUUUACUGCUGAAAAGGGCCAGUUAGAGAAGCAAACGCCAAUCGCGGGACCCACUGAGAAGAAUGAAUACUCUGGCUGCUUCGACCAGUUGUCUCAAGUAUUGGGAUUGACUUUGUGUGGAAAAAUUGCUUUACCAUUCUCGUUCUCUGGACCAAAAUCACAAAACUCAAUAUCCCAAUAUUUGGCCCGUUAUCCUCUUGUGGGAUCAACGAAAUUGAACCUAGUUCUGGAAAAGAACGACCUCAGAGGAUAUCAUCUCAAAGGAGUAGUUCGCGCUGAUCCAAGUGGACAUUACGGAAUAGAACUGCUUUUUGAUGCUGAAGGAUCAAAGAACCGUCGCACACAAAUCACAGCAGAUUUAAUAAACAACCAAGAUGAAAAAACUGUGAAAUUGAGCCUAGAAUCUCCAAUCAAAGUUUUGUAUGGCCAAGUUUCAGUUUACACCAAAUCAAAUGAGUAUGCACUUGUUAUGAAAGCUAAGAUGGACGAAGCUUCGUAUUACGGACGGGUUGGGUUGAAUAUUGAAGGAAAUGAUAGACGCCAUGUUUACAAACCUGUAUUGGAAUACCAAGUGCCUAAAAACGCCAAAAAGAAUAUCAACGUCGAUGGGCAAAUAAUACAAGAAAAAACCGGUGAUGGUGUCAAAUAUACUAUCUCAGGUGUUAAAUUCAACCUUCCAGAAACCAAUGAACCUGUGACUUUGAUGGGCCACCUCAGUAAAGAACCGAAAAAAUUGGAAAUUGACUUAAAACUGAUGAAGGGACAACAUAACAUAAUACUAUCUAGCUCUCUUGCCAACUACGAUUUCAAAGCCGAUUUCCAGAACACAUUGAACCGUUUCAUUAACUUCAAAGUAAAUGGUCACUUUGAAAACGUUGGAGAGGUCUACCACAACGAUAUUGAUCUCUACUACAGUGAAGAUUGUCGCAGUCCUCAAAAUCGUGUCACUUUAAAUCAGUUGUUCAAACGCCACUACGUUUCCUCUACUGAGUUUACAGUAAUUACCAAGAAUAAAUUUGAAAUCCAUGCACUACCUCUCAAGAUAAAACUUGACAUGGAUCUCGAUCCCAAGAAAGUGGACUUUGAUGUUGGUGGAGUUUACAUGGACAAAAAGGCUAGCUUGCAAGUUGAUGGACGCACUCAAAUUAAGAAGGAAGGAGACUAUAAAAUUAAAUGGGCAGUAAACGUAGACAAACAAGUUGUUGAAGGCUUAAUAAAACGUGAUGUUGUCUCUGCUGAUAAGUCUAAUCUCGAGAAUUACGUUGACUUCAAAAAACUUGGUAGAUACGAACUCUCCGGUGUGGUUCUGCACAGAGUGAAGGCGAAUGAUGUAAAUGUUGGAGCAGUCGGACAUUUCAAGAUAUCUGGCACUGGAAAAGAUGCAGACUUAAAGUUUGACAUCGGCUACAUCGAAACCGCUAAGCUGUACUCCUCCCACGCAACACUCACAAGUUCCACCCAGGGUGAACUGUUGAACUACUUGCUAAAGAUCAAUACUGGUGCCAACAUAAAUGGACAACUUAAGUUUAACCUUAAAGACGCAUUGGCAGCCAACGGUCAGUUCCAAGUAGCUGAAAAUGAUGGAAAGGGUAAUGGAAACAUCAUGGUGCACUUUAAAACGAUUGAUCGGGUUAUCAAGGGAGAAGUUAAGUUCUUAGCCAAGGAGCCAACAUACAAUGCUGAUGUAGAACUAUUCCUUAAUUUCGGAAAGAACAAUAAUGACAAGAUACAUUUCACUACUAAUAACAAGAAAACCGAGAAACUCAUUGACAGCAAGAAUAAACUCAUGUAUGGAGGUAAGAACACUGAGUUGAACCUUCAUGGAGACUAUCAGAACCUUUGGAAAAACCAUGCUAACGUAGAAGUCGUCCUACCCGAUGAACGGUGUUUGAGCUUGAAGAUAGACAGGGAUUUCGUUGAGAAGGACAACGUUCUCAAUGGGCAAGCCGAAGUUGUUUUCUCUGAUGCCACAAAGCGCGGCGGACCUGCUUCCACCAUUAAAUACAAGGGCAAGGUCACCAACACCAACUGGGACAAAGAAACCAUAGACUUGGAAGGUCAACUCGAGUUGCAAGUCAAUGGUGGCAAGAACCUCCUCAACACUUUCAGCUUGAAGAACAUUCCUAAAGGCAAGAAGAGUGAUGUCGCUUUCAAGACUGAAAUUAGUGGCACCAUGCUACCUAAAAAAGGAAUUUUGGACGCCAGCUCUACUUACACUGAAGGAGAUACAGUCGAUGAUACAUACAGAAUCAAGUCAAGCUAUGGCGAUGAUUUAGCCUUCGAAUUGGUUGGAAAACUCCAAGUUGCUGUACCUAAUAAGGGACUGAAGAAAUACGUUGACGACUACACCAUGAAUAUACGACUACCAUUUGAAAAGGCUCAUGACAUCAAGUGGGUUUCAAACUUCGUUUAUAAUCAACCAGAAAAUCAAGCAGCUGAAAUCACAUUGUUAGAAUCUGUACAAGUUAAUGCUGAUCUUUACAAGUUCGAGUCGAACGGCAAAUAUGAUCUAAAGAACGGAAAUACCAAACUCAAGAUUAUCCUACCUCAUGUUGAACCCGUCAGCAUUGAUGCUACCUACAAAGUUGAUGACACUAAGGAAAAGGCAUCUGGCGCAGUCGACGUAAAUGCACGCUACGGCAAAGGCAAGACCACUUCUAUCACAAUACAAGGCGCCUCUGGCCAGAAGGAAAUCGAUCUCACAUUCUCUGCCAACUCUCCGCAGAACGAGAAAUUCAAGAAAUUUGAAAUGAAAUUCAACACCAAGAAUCCAUCUCCCGACACAUACAACUCUCUGAUCCUCAUAGACGCUGACGGCAGGGUCUACAAAUCAGAGGGUGUCGUCGUCUACUCUUCUUCUCAACCCAUUUUUGAUCUUAAAUAUAGCAGCCCAUCAUCACCUAAGCCUACCAGAUUUUACUUCAAAGGAAUGGCUCCCAGGUCAACCCAAGGGCGCAUGGAGGUCAAGAUAGAGAAUUGCAAGAACUUCGAUCUAGACUCCACGUUCGAAGUCAACUACGAUAAGGAUUUGGUUGUCAAGUUCCAUGGUAAUGCUGAAUCACUGGGAAUGAAGAACUACAACGUUGAUAUUUCAAGCAAAGACGCUGGAAAUGGCAAACGCUUAGAAUUCAAUGCUAUUAAUGAUAACAAGAACGUGCUCAGUGGAAGCACAUCGUUCAUCAGUAAGCAAGAAGGACCAAAGACGAUCAUCGAAGGUUCAGGUACCCUGAAGGUCAAGGAUGAACAGAAACCAGCAAACUUCAAGUACAUUCGCACCGUCCUCACUGAAGGCAACGAGCAAGGAGUUGAGACUUUCGUCAACGUAGCGUACGGGGACCGCAACCACGUGGCCGAGUUUCGUAUCACCAAUCUGGAGUACAAGACCUCAUACGUAUACUGCGAAGAGAAGAAACAGUGCGCCCACGCUGAAGUUAAUGCCAAACUUAUUACCACCAAACCUGGUUGCCUCCAACACCAGUUCAACGCUGGCUUCGAUCUCCGCAAACUCGGAUUAGCAACAGAAUUCGGUCUUCAAGUCGCCAACGAAUUCUCUGACAAGAACUUCCCUCAAUAUGACAUGAAUUUACACGUAAACCGAGAAAAUAAGAAGUAUCAUUUCCAUGUUUACAGCCAACCCGAACAAGGCAAAUUCCCAGCGGGUAUAAUGCUUACGUUCCCUCAAAGGGUUAUCGCUUUAGAAUCCGUCGUUCAGUACCCAACAAACAAAAACCUGCCCUUCCCCAUCAGGGGUGAGAUCUCCUUGUAUCCCGACAAGAACAAGCCCCAGUCAAAGACCGCUGCGAGAUUCAACUUCGACGUAACUGGAAAUGAGAAGCAAGGGGAAGCGUCCGCUCUUAUUGGAUUCAGCCAUCCAAGAAUUGGAAAGGAAGCUUUGAUCAAGUUCCGAGGAUCUCUAAACCGGCCCAACGAUAACACCAUCAAGAUUGAAACCAACGGUGUCAUCUCUCACUCUUGUCUUGGGCAUGAUCGCGAAGCCAAAUUAUUCUUGGAAGUCAACCCUGUUCACAUUAAGUUAUUGAUGGAUACUCCACUGGUGAAGGUCAUCGACUUGGAAGGCUCAGCUACGGCUAAGGAUAACUUGCAACAAGCAGACCUAGUGUUCAGUCUUCUCGAAGGCAAGCCAGUAUCAAUAUAUGCUGUAGCCAAAGACUUCCAGUACUACGAAUUUACUACUGGCUAUAAAGAUGAAUCGGAACGCAAACUCUCAGUCAUUGCCAACUUGAACCCCGAAAAGCGUGUGGACGUGUCCGUAGACAUCGUCCUACACAAGAACAAGAAAAACAUUGUUCACGGAGCACUUUUUAUUGAGGAUAACCUCAUUAAGAGCGACUAUGGUGCUUCUAAAGACAACUUCAAUUACUUCGUGGGUGCGUUGAAAAAAGACUUGGGUGUUCUACAAGAACGUAUCAAGAACAUUGGUGAAAAGGCAAACGAUGAUGUCAAGAAAACAUUACAGCGAGUCGAGCCAACUUACAAACAGUUGGAGCAAGCAUAUAGAGAGGAUCUCGAGAAACUUACCCAGGAUAUCUCGAACGACAAGACUUUGAAGGAGAUCUCUGAAGCCCUGCACGUCAUCACUAAAGUGAUCGUUAAGCUGAUUGAUGAUGUGGUUACCAUCUUCAAGCCAAUGGCCGACAAAUUUGCCGAAACUGUAUCUCUAGUCAGCCAGAAGAUUUCCGAAAUGUAUGAGAAACAGAUUGCUCCAGGCUUGAAGCAGCUAUAUACGAACGUCGCUGCGAUGAUCCAGGCUUACUUUGACGGCGUCAUUGACGCCGCGGCACACUUUGCUGCCAUCAUCAUGGACUUCUUCGAACGACACAAGCCAGAGCUACAGGAACUUACCAACAUCUUCACUGAGAUAUUCAAAGACGUUACUCGCAUAGUAGUUGCACAACUGAAGGAAUGGCGCGUCCAAUCAGGUCAAUUCAUAUCCAAUAUGUUUGAACAAAUCAAGGAGAUGCCGAUCGUUGCCCUUAUCAAAGAAAAGUGGCAAGAGUUGGCAGUACCGGAACAGUUCAUGGGUAUCAUGAACGACGCUUAUCACGCGGCUCGCGAAGUCAUGCCCACUGAAGAGACAAAAACCUUCCUCGAUGUCCUACGCAAUUAUGCCCAAAAGAAAUUGCGUCAAGAGAAAUUCGACGAGCAGAAGGAACUCAGGAUCGUGUACGAAAAGCUUGUGGCUGCCGUCACUUCGUUGGUACAGUUCGUGCGUCAAACAGCCGGACAGUAUGGAAUAACUUACCCCAAUUUCAGUUAUGCUAGCUUCCCAGGCUUGUCACCAGUGUCAAUGCCUAGCUUCAAGGGUUCUGCUGGCUGGAGUCUUCUCAAUCAGAUGCUCCAGGGUGAUGUCCCGAACCCAUGGAUUCAGUUCAAGACGUACAGACCACGCAGCCUUAACCCACUAGACGAAGUUCCAGCCAAGAUGCGUGCUGUGAUCAUCAACGGAAUGCACAUCUUCACCUUUGACGGCCGUCACCUCACCUUCCCUGGUACCUGCCGCUAUGUGCUCGCGCACGAUCAUAUCGACCGCAACUUCACCCUGAUCAGCCAACUGCAGAACGGACAUCCCAAGGCCAUCAUCCUGGAAGAUAAGAGCGGCAUCACUAUUGAACUUAAGGAGAAUGGACAAGUUGCUCUUAACGGUGCAAAUCAUGGCUACCCGGUUAUCGAGAAAGAAGUGUUCGCCUUUAGGGAAUCCAAAGGACGCAUUGGACUCGGAUCUCUGUAUGGACUGAUGGUCUUCUGUACAAGCAAACUUGAGGUGUGCUAUGUCGAAGUGUCCGGAUUCUACCAUGGCAAGCUCCGUGGUCUGCUGGGAGAUGGUAACAACGAACCUUAUGACGACUUCAGGAUACCAAAUGGAAAGAUCGUCAGCACUGAAAGCGAAUUCGGAAAUGCUUACAAACUGGCCGGCAGUUGCAAACCAGUCGAGACACCAGCUCACGACCAUCAUCAAAUGCACAUGGCUCUGCCAGCGGCGUGCGAAGCCGUGUUCGGGGGCACCUCACCUCUCAGACCUUUGUCGAUGUUGUUGGAUAACCAUCCGUUCAGACAAGCCUGCAUCCACGCCUGCGGCGACGACUCUCCGAAGUCAGCACAAGAAGCGUGUGACCUUGGACGCGGUUACGCCACCCUCGCACAAACCGGCUUAUUGCCAGCGGUCAUGCCGUCGCACUGCUUGAAGUGCACUGAUGCAGACAAGCCCAGAGAAAUCGGAGAGAUUUACGAUGUCAAACUACCCACCAAGCAAGCCGAUAUUAUUGUUACUGUUGAGGUCACUGAGUCCACCGAGAAAAUGUACAAGGACAUCAUCGUGCCCCUGGUCGGCCAGGUCAUCGAUGGACUGAAGAGCAAACGCAUCACCGACGUCAAGGUGUACCUCGUGGGCAUCACCUCACACUACCCCUACCCCAUCAUUUAUGACACAGACCUGAAACUGAAGAGCGCAAAGGUACAGUUCACCGACAAGACACGUUAUAACGAGGUCAAGUCAAUCCAAGUGGGUGACGAACGCGUCGACAGAUACACCGAGUUCUUUGUCAACAUUAUUAAGAACCUCAGACUCACUUUCGGUAUUCACAACGUGAUGUUCGCCUACGACUCAGUGUUUGACCUUCCCCUGAGGGCUGGAGCCGUCAAACAUCUCAUCAGCGCUAUCGGCGAAACGUGCCAACGACAGGAUGUACUGGCAAGUUCAUUGCGAUCGGUGGUCUAUGGUGGUUUCUUCAAGAACCUUGGGCUCUCGUACUCUCUCAUCAAGAACACGCCAGAUAUAAAGAUCGGAGGUGGCAAGGAUGUCAACCAAGUUGUUGGAUUCUCUAAACACGGCGUAUUGCUGCUCGGUGACAAGAAACAGAAAGAAACAGAAACAUUGAGAAGUACCCUUCACUUGGAGACGUACGAUGGCUGCGUUGAUUUCUCGCAAGAUACUGACGGCUACACGUUCUCAGCCACCACCUUCCAAUCCUGCAACCCGGCGCAGCAGAAGCAGUACCUCCAGACGGCAGCGACUUCCAUCGUGAACCGUCUGCUGCAUGAGAACUUGGUGGAAGCUUGCACUUGCAGCUACGUGGACGUCUACAGAGCGCGCUCCGUCUGUGUUAUCAAGGAGAGAAAAGAAGCGGCUCGCAGACGAAAGUAAGGACAACGCAUCAUUGAUCUUCAGCGCCACACCUACCAAAUACUUUUAGUUUUACACCUACAGGCUCAGCAAAAAUAGAGCGAAUCUCUGGAAAAAUACUCGUCUUAUAAGCUGAUUAUGAAUUGAAAAUUUUUGAUUGUUUUUUGUGAGAAAUUUUGUAAAUCAAACUCAGGCCCGUGGCUAGGAAUUCAGAGGGGUUACGAUCUUCUUCGAAACGUUUGCUUGAUUUUGAUCUAAGUUUCGAAGUUGGAUAUAGCAUUCGUUUAGAAGUGGUUUGAGAUUACUUCGUUUUAUUUUCAUAAAAUGAUAGACAGUUAUAUCUUAACCAGAAAAAAAAAAUAACGCAUUAAAUUCUAAAGAACUAUAACUUGUUCAAUAUUUUUUCUCGCAACUAUGUAAAUUUUACAACCUUAUCAACCUAAAGUUCUGUCCAUCCAGAACCACUAUGAUACUGACACUCUGGCUACAUUGUUGGAGCCUGUUUGGGAUAUUAUUAAAGACAUGUUAGACAAAGGUUAGGCAUAAAACAACUUCGAACUUAACGCAAGUUAAAAAAAAUAUUGAUAUUUCUAAAAGAGUUUUUACUUGCAGUUACCAAGGUCUCUCCACUAGAUAGCGCUACAAUGUGAGUUUAUAGGAAUUACAACUGUUCAGUGCUAUUUUUAAUGUUUUUAUAUAUUACUAACCUGUGUGAAACAUGCACAUUUCUUUUCUUUCCAAAUAAACUGUAACUCUCUGUAAAAGUUUUCGUAUUCGGCCCAGUAAAAAGCUUCUCAUUUCUCUCGUCUGUGGCGCUAUCUGGUGAUUCCAAGUACAAAAAAUUAAGUACAUCGUUAUUUCAGUAAUAUUUGUUAUCAGCUUAUAUUUUAUGGAGCCUGUAUAUUUUAGACUCACUAAUUUGUUGUUAAGUAUAGAGUAAACUAUUUAUAACGCGCCGUUCCAAUUUAAAGUUUUAAUCGAAAGCUGUAUUAAAACAAAUUAUAAUGUAACAAAAACAUAUUA